GACAUGGAAAAUAAAGAAACCCUCAGGGGGUUGCAGAAAAUGGACGACCGCCCAGAAGAGCGCAUGAUCAGGGAGAAACUCAAGGCAACGUGUAUGCCAGCCUGGAAGCACGAAUGGCUGGAAAGAAGAAGCAGGAGAGGCCCUGUGGUGGUGAAACCCAUCCCUGUGAAGGCAGAUGGAUCGGAACUGAGCAAGCUGCCCCUGGAGCCUCAGGCUGAAGGGCAGAGCGCGGCUUCCUCCCCCACGCAGAAGGGGAGGCGCAGCCCUUCCCCCAGCAGCUCCUCUUCAUCAUCCUCCAGGACUGUUAAAUCCGAAUCGCCAGGAGUCAGAAGAAAAAGGGUAUCUCCAGUGCCUUUUCAGAGCGGCCGAAUAACUCCACCACGAAGAGCUCCCUCUCCAGAUGGCUUCUCUCCGUAUAGCCCUGAGGAAACAAAUCGCCGGGUCAACAAAGUUAUGAGAGCCAGGCUGUACCUGCUGCAGCAGAUAGGCCCCAACUCCUUCCUGAUCGGCGGGGACAGCCCUGACAACAAGUACAGGGUGUUUAUUGGGCCACAGACAUGUAGCUGUGGGCGUGGAACAUUUUGCAUCCAUCUGCUCUUCGUUAUGCUGCGAGUGUUCCAGCUGGAGCCCUCGGACCCAAUGCUGUGGAGAAAGACUCUGAAGAACUUUGAGGUUGAGAGUUUGUUCCAGAAAUAUCACAGUAGGCGUAGCUCGAGGAUCAAAGCUCCAUCUCGUAACACCAUCCAGAAGUUUGUCUCACGCAUGUCAAACUCUCAUACAUUGUCAUCAUCUAGUACUUCCACAUCUAGUUCAGAAAACAGUAUGAAGGAUGAAGAAGAACAGAUGUGCCCCAUUUGUUUGUUAGGGAUGCUAGAUGAAGAGAGCCUGACUGUAUGUGAAGAUGGCUGCAGGAAUAAGUUACACCACCAUUGCAUGUCAAUAUGGGCAGAAGAAUGUAGAAGAAACAGAGAGCCACUUAUAUGUCCUCUUUGUAGAUCUAAAUGGAGAUCACAUGAUUUCUAUAGUCAUGAAUUGCCAAGUCCUGUGGAUUCUUCUGUUCUUCGUGUGGUUCAGCAACAAACUCAACAACAAUCUCUAGUUGGAUCACAAAGAAGAACCCAAGAUAGUAAUUUUAACCUUACUCAUUAUGGGGUGCAGCAGAUCCCUUCUGCAUAUAAAGACUUAGCUGAGCCAUGGAUUCAGAUAUUUGGAAUGGAGUUGGUUGGCUGCUUGUUUUCUCGAAACUGGAACAUACGAGAGAUGGCACUGAGGCGUCUUUCGCAUGAUGUUAGUGGUGCUCUAUUACUGGCUAAUGGUGAAAGCACUGGAAAUUCUGGAAGCAGCAGUGGGAACAACACAAGUGCUGGAGCUCUAGGAGCAGCUAGUGGGUCAUCUCAGACCAGUAUCUCAGGAGAUGUGGUAGUGGAGUCCUGCUGCAGUGUGCUGUCCAUGGUCUGUGCCGACCCUGUCUACAAAGUGUAUGUUGCUGCUUUAAAAACCUUAAGAGCCAUGCUGGUGUAUACUCCUUGUCAUACGUUGGCAGAGAGAACUAAACUACAGCGACUUCUCAAGCCAGUUGUAGAGACAAUAUUAGUUAAAUGUGCUGAUGCCAACAGUCGAACAAGUCAACUUUCCGUCUCAACGCUACUGGAGAUGUGUAAAGGCCAAGCUGGGGAGCUGGCAGUUGGGAGAGAAAUACUUAAAUCUGGGUCCAUCGGUAUUGGUGGUGUUGAUUAUGUCCUGAACUGUAUUCUUGGUACCCAGAUUGAAUCUAGCAACUGGCAGGCGCUCCUGGGGAGACUCUGUCUGAUAGACAGACUGCUGUUGGAAUUCCCUGGUGAAUUUUAUCCCCACAUUGUCUGUGGGGAUGUUUUACAGGCUGAUACUGUAGUAGACAGGUAUAAGAAGCUUCUCUCUCUCUUGAAUUUUGCCUUGCAGUCGAUUGACAAUUCACACUCGAUGGUUGGUAAACUGUCCCGGAGAGUAUUUUUGAGCGCAGCAAGGAUGGUUGCGAGAGUGCCCCACGUUUUUGUAAAACUUUUAGAAAUGCUGAAUGUGACAAGCUCUACUCACUAUGCAAGGAUGCGUCGACGUCUGAUGGCAAUAGCAGAUGAAAUGGAAAUUGCAGAAGCCAUCCAGCUAGGCAUGGAAGAAAUGCAUUCUGGACAGGGUCGACACGAUGACUUUCUGCAGCUGCCUGUACCAGAUAACUCUCCAGAAGCUACAGAGAACAAUACUCCUAACAAUACUGUCCAAUUGUCAGGGAAAAGUGGGAAAGGUUUAGGGGAUAAAAAUUUAUGUGCCAGUCCAGAGGACGUUUCUGAGACACUGGCUGGCCUUGCUGUGGGACUUCCCAUUUCAUCAGUAACCAGUGAGCAACCAAAGCCAGCCAUUCAAACAAAAGGCAAGCCCCACAGCCAGUGUUUGAACUCUUCUCCCUCAUCCAGUCAUUCCCAGUCACUCUUCCCAAUGCUUCAGUCUCCUUCAAACCCAUCUGUACCAGCUGGCACUGUAACAGAUGUCUCCAAACUCAGACCUCAGGGAUUCGUUCCCUGCAAAAUCCCUUCAGCUUCUCCUCAAACGCAGCGGAAACUCUCUCUCCAAUUUCAAAGAAACUGUUCUGAAAAUAAAGAAACAGAGAAACUUUCUCCAGUUUUUACCCAGGCCAGGCCGUUGCCAUCCAGUCAUAUACACAGGCCAAAGCCAUCCCGACCCACCCUGGGUGAUGUGAACAAGCAGGGAGAAACCUCAAAAACCAGCCUGACGCUGGACCUGAACGAUAUUCCCCAGUGUGAUGGCAGCGGUGGCAGCAGCAGCAGCGCGGUUAUACCGAGUGAGGAGACAGUCUUCACACCGGUGGAUGAGAAGUGUCGGCUGGAUGUUAAUGCUGAGCUCAAUUCCAGUAUUGAGGAUCUCCUUGAGGCCUCCAUGCCAACAAGUGAUGGCACAGUUACGUUUAAGUCCGAAGUGGCAGUGCUUUCUCCUGAGCGGGCAGAAAAUGAUGAUACAUACAAAGAUGAUGUGAGUCAUAAUCAAAAAUGCAAGGAAAAGAUGGAAGCUGAAGAGGAGGAAGCCUUGGCCAUUGCUAUGGCAAUGUCUGCAUCUCAAGAUGCCCUACCAAUAGUACCCCAGCUGCAGGUUGAAAAUGGUGAAGAUAUCAUAAUUAUUCAGCAAGAUACACCAGAAACCCUGCCUGGACAUACCAAAGCAAAGCACCAUUACAGAGAAGAUGCUGAAUGGCUUAAAGGGCAGCAAAUAGGCCUUGGAGCUUUUUCUUCCUGUUACCAAGCUCAAGAUGUAGGAACAGGGACAUUAAUGGCUGUAAAACAGGUGACGUACGUCCGGAACACAUCAUCUGAGCAAGAAGAGGUGGUUGAAGCACUGAGAGAAGAGAUAAGGAUGAUGAGUCAUCUAAACCAUCCCAACAUUAUUCGAAUGUUGGGUGCUACGUGUGAGAAGAGCAACUAUAAUCUCUUUAUUGAAUGGAUGGCAGGAGGCUCAGUUGCUCAUUUGUUAAGUAAAUAUGGAGCCUUCAAGGAAUCAGUAAUUAUUAAUUACACAGAACAACUGUUACGUGGCCUUUCUUAUCUCCAUGAGAAUCAGAUAAUCCAUAGAGAUGUUAAAGGUGCCAAUUUGCUAAUUGACAGCACAGGUCAUAGAUUAAGAAUUGCUGAUUUUGGAGCUGCAGCCAGGCUGGCAUCCAAAGGAACUGGUGCUGGGGAGUUUCAGGGGCAGUUGUUGGGAACGAUUGCGUUUAUGGCACCGGAGGUUCUGAGAGGUCAGCAGUACGGCAGGAGCUGCGACGUGUGGAGCGUUGGCUGCGUUGUCAUAGAAAUGGCUUGUGCUAAACCUCCUUGGAAUGCAGAGAAACACUCCAAUCACCUGGCCCUGAUAUUUAAGAUUGCUAGUGCAACUACUGCUCCGUCAAUCCCUUCACAUCUGUCUCCUGGUUUAAGAGAUGUGACCCUUCGGUGUUUAGAACUUCAACCUCAGGACAGACCCCCCUCAAGGGAGCUGCUGAAACACCCCGUCUUCCGUACGACGUGGUAGCUGGCGACAUAACGGCUGGUGUACUCAAGAAGAUGCUACUGAAUAUACAAUACCUGUCUUGCAGUGCACUGAAGCACAGCAGCUUGUGUUAUUCUGCUGGCCUUAAUGCUACAUCAAGGACUUAAGGCCAGUGGAGACCCUACCUGUGUGAUUGACAAAUCAAGAUCUUUACCUAAGCUCUGUAUGCAACAUUUCACAACUCGAGCAGAAAAAUGUUAAACUGUGCCUUUUUUUAAACAUCUGGCUCUAGGUUUCUUUAAAUCUGCAAGAUUAUUUAGCAGAUAAGUGAUUUUUAUUUUAUUUGGAGCACUUUUUCAGCAAUAUUAGCAGCUGAGGGGCUCAGGUUCUAUUUUAAUAUAACAAUCACUGUUCCAUUUCACAUCAUGUAGGCGUAAGCAGAGGGUUCUGCAAUUGCAGUCAGUUUUCAGCACUGGUUAAAAGAAAGGUCUGUAUCUGUCCCUUUUGAUUAUACAAAGUAAGUUUUCUGAGUAACAAAUCAAAGCAUUGAUAGAUACUUUUAAAACAUCUUGCCUUCAUUAAAGGAAGAGGAGGCUGUUAAUGGUUCACUGUGCAUUUACUGCUGGCCAUGUAAUUUCUUUUUGAAAUUAAGGUUUGUAUUUU